CUGGCCGCGCCCGUUUCAGCUACGAGUGCUUAGUUUCUCCGACUCCUGGCUCACUGGUAGAGUUUUGUGUUGGCGGACAGGGAAAAGCGCCGGGAAGAUGAUGAGUCCGGAGCCGCUACGCUCGGCGAUGGUCAACGACGUCGGGGAGGACACCUCGCUCGCGCUGCCGUCCGACAACGGCCUGAGCACGGGGCAGCAGCGCGUGCUCACCCAGGUCAACACCAUCAAGAGGAGCAAAUUCAAACAGAGCAAGAAAAUCAUCAGUCCACCUCCAUCAAGCAUGACUCUGCAGACCUCCACAACUUCAAGCGACUUUGGAUCCUUCAAGUUUUCUCCAACCAAAGUAAACGGCACCUUCAGUCACACCAACUUCAGCAAGUCUGCCGGCUUCAGCAGAGGGGUAAAUUCCCAACGGAGUCGUACUUUAUCUGCAAAAGGAGGACGAUAUAUCUCUUCUUCAGGCGUGUGGGAUCAGCAAGUCAACAGUCGCACCAAAUCCCAGAAAUCCAACGGGCUGAAACACAGUCGCAGUGACCCUGUCCUGACUGGACCUGGGUCUGUACCGUCUGCACAGAGCAUGAGAGUUAAGGGACAGAUGCCUCAAGGCCAAACCACCUCUCAGGUUCAAAUAAAUCGAAACACCACCUCCUUUAUGGUUAAUGAUGUGUCUGUGGCUAACACCCUCCGGUCACCCUCCUUUCACUCUCAACAAGAAGGCAAGCUCGGUACUCUGAAAACAUCCAAAACAGAGCAGAGAUCAGUCGUGCACCCCACCAUGAGCACGUCAGAUAUGACCCUGAAGCAGGCUGUGGCCUUCCUGGCCUACAAAGAGGAGAGUUGCCAGCACCGUGGAGCCAGCUUCAUCCAACACACCACCUUCAAAGAGCACAAGGCCAAGACGGAGGUAUUACAGCUGGGGGGCAUUCCACCUCUGGUGACCCUCCUGCGAAGCCCCAACCCCGAUGUGAGCCAGGCGGCAGCCGGGGCGCUGAGAAACCUUGUGUUCAACCAUAAGCAGAAUAAGCUGGAGGUCCAGCACUGUAGCGGUAUAGCAAAGGCCUUGCAGCUACUGAAGGAGACGGAUUCUACUGAGACCCAGAAACAAAUCACUGGCCUGCUGUGGAACCUGUCAUCUGCUGAGGAAUUGAAGAAGGAGCUCACAAGCACGGCCAUGCCUGUCCUGACUGAACAUGUGGUCAGACCGUUCACCGUGCUGUCAGACACCAUCACCCACGUGGACCCGGGCGUCUUCAACUGUGCAACAGGCUGUCUUCGGAACCUGAGCUGUGGUGAGGAAAAGGAGAGGAAGUCUAUGAGAGACUGUCCUGGCCUCAUCGACUCACUCAUGGCUUACAUUCAGUCCUGCGUGGCAGAGAAAAACCCUGAUGACCCGUCAGUGGAGAACUGUACGUGCAUUCUCCAUAACCUGACCUUCCAGCUGGAGGAGGAAUGCCCGGAGAGUUUCAGUCACUACCACCUUUCAGCAGAGGCCCAACAGGACACAAAGAAAAAGUCCUCAGUGGGAUGCUUCAGCCCCAGGAGCAGCAAAGCUCAAAAGGAGUUGAUUUACGACAUGGAAAAAGCUCCAACAGCAGACAGUGAGGUGUCAGGGGUGCAGUGGUUGUGGCACCCUAAAGCCGUAGAGACUUACCUGUCUCUGCUAACCUCCUCUGAAAAUGACGCCACUCUUGAGGCCAGCUGUGGAGCCCUGCAGAAUCUCACUGCCGGCAGAAAGGGAUCCUCUGCUCUGAGUGGGGUUUUGCUGGAAAAGUUAAAGGCUAUGCAUGUCCUGCCUUCUCUGUUGAAGUCGCCCAAAAAACCCCUCCAAAAGACAACUCUGUCCCUGCUGGGCAACCUGUCUCGCAACAAGAGCUCUCAAACCCCCAUGGCAAAGCAGGUGCUGUCUGACCUCGCCAGCCUUCUCUCCUCCGGGCCGACGGAAAUGGGGGACUCGGAUGAAACUGUAGCAACAGCUUGCAGCACAUUUCGGAGACUGGUGCACGCUAACAACGGGCUCACCAAAAACGUCAUUAACAAGGAGCUGAUCUAUACGCUGGCGGACCUGGGCGCGAAUGAGUCGUUUCCCAUAGCUAGCAAAGAAGCCUCGUUGCUGCUGUACAGCAUGUGGAAUGAGAAGAAUUUACAAAGCAUUGUGAAAAAGUUGGGAUUCAAAAAAAAUGUUUUUGUAAAUGAAUCAACCACCAAAGCACAGCACUCGGCCGUGUGUAUCGAGUGAACGUGAGCGACGUGUCUGACAUGAUGGAAACUGGCGGGAUUACAAGCUGCCGUGACCACACCCUUAAAAAAAAGUCUUCAAUGAUAUUACUGUUGAAAGAGCUUAUCAAUUAUGAGCAAAACAUGUAAUAUAAAAAUCAAGAAAAGGCACCCUUUAGGUACAUGGAUGAUCCCUUAACAUGUGGGUUUGAACUGUCAAGUUUCCGUUGUAUAAACAGAGAUUGGGUGGGUUUGGUUGGUGCAAUGAGUGUGUGAAGUGUGUGUGAUGCAUGUUUUUGUGUUUUGCAAGAGACGCCACUCCAAACUGCGGUUUGCAGUAAGAGAAGUGGCUUUUGAAAUAUCAAACCUCCUUUACCUUCCUGGUGUUUGUCCGUAGGCACAACGCCAAGAAAUCCCGUGCUGUCCAAAGAACUGAAUGAGCAGGCUUGGAAGAGAAAGAAUAGUUUUGAUCUUGUCAUACUUGAUGCUUAUCACAGGAAAUCUAGCAGAGAGUGAGUUUCUUAUAUUUGAUUUGAAGAAAAAAAAUGAAAUCUGUUUCUUUUUGUUUGUUUAUGUAAAGGUUCAGAGCUUUCUAUUAAAUUUACCAACAGUGUAUAUUUCUUAGACUAGGCAAACAUAGUUCAUAUAAAUAGUAGGAUGUCAUAAACUUCUAAAGUGUUACAUUUUUAUUCUUAAACAGUUUUUUUUUAAAGAAAAACAAGCAUUCAGCUAAAAUAGCCUACAUACUAUAAGGACCUAUUGUUAUUAUUAUGUAAAGUCAAUCCCAAUAAUUUUUUGAGUUUUUUAAGUGUUCCCAGUGUUUUAUUUUGUUAUUAUUUUUAUUAUUAUUAUUGUUAUAAUGGCAUGUUUAGCCCAAAUCAAAAAAAACUGUCAGUUUCUAGGAUUUAGUUUCAGCGGCAGGACUGUUGGCACGUGGGAACCCCGCCCCCCUUCCCCUCCCCGUUGCUGAAAGCUCUCUAAGUGGAGCGUCGAGCAUGUGGCCUGCCUUGCAUAUUUUCUACGUCACAAAAGCUCUUUCUCAAUCAGGAUUCUUUUCUUCUGCUUUUGAUUGAAUAAAAAAAAUAAAACAUGCCAUCCAUCGACAGAAAAA